AUGGCUUCCAACGACCUGCGGGGAUGGGUCAUGAGCGGUGUCUCGGGCAUCGCUUGCGUCCUCGGAUCGAUUGUCAUUUGCGCCGACUUGGUGGUGCGGCGGGUCAGUCACCACAAGAGCUUUCAAAUCGCCAACAGCAAUAAUUUCCUGUCGGCCUCGUUAUGUCUCAGUGCUGGUGUGAUGCUCUUCACCUCUUUGUAUAGCAUGCUCCCCACUUCGAAGAAUUACCUUACGCGUGCCGGCUUCUCCCCAUCUUCCUCCGCCUACAUCUUGAUCGGUUUAUUCCUCGGAGGUGUUAUAAUCAUCCAAUUUCUCUCCGGCUUCAUUCAUCGCUACAUCCCAUCGCAUGUGGUGGGUUGCGCACAUAGUCACGGUGGCGCGGAAGUCGAUCCCGAACGCGGCGAGACCCAUCUGGUCGGAGGCGACCACCAUGACCACCACAAUCACAACCACCACCACGACCAUAAUGCGAAUGGCAAUACCGAGCGGACACCCCUCUUGCGACCCGCCAAUAGGGGUCAUUCGUUCAAAUCUACCCCGGCCGUCCUGCAGCGCACCCCGGUGGGAUCGCACUCUGUAAAGCGGGAAUCGCUACAGAGAAUGCUUACCCGGCGGAUCACGGCAUUGGUGGGCGGCGUGAAGCCUCUGUGUGACGAGAAUGGGCCAUGCUACGGAUUCUCCCAGACGUGCGGAGGUGAAUGCACCAAGGUCUUUCCCCCGGAGACAUGUCCGCCGUCCGGCGCCCCGAACGAAAUCGCGCCGGCGUCGCUGGUGCCUCAGCACCAAAGCAACAGUGUACAGGUAGAGCCGGAAUGCGCAAAUGGAGCUGAAUCGACCUCCGAACAAUUCAUCACCACCUCUGAUACCGGAUAUUACGACGCAAUUGCUUCUCAGCACCCGCUUUAUCAUACCGCUAGCUCUUGUUCCUCGUCGCCACCACAUAAACCCCAGUCUGAACAUACCAUUCAGGUCGAUGUAAACACUGAUCAUGAUCAUGAUCAUCAUUCCGAUACACACGACCACGCCGACCUAGAUCUGGCCAAGGUUGCCGGUGACAGUACACACCACCAUCACGUGCCACAAAAUGCAUUCUUAUCCAUCGGUCUCCAGACUGUCGUCGCGAUUGCUCUCCACAAACUCCCCGAGGGCUUCAUUACAUACGCCACAAACCACGCCAGCCCGACCCUCGGUCUUACAGUAUUCCUAGCUCUUUUCAUUCACAACAUCGUGGAGGGUUUUGCUAUGGCUCUACCACUAUACCUUGCUCUAAACUCUCGCUGGAAAGCCAUCUUUUGGUCCAGCCUACUCGGCGGCAUUAGCCAACCAGCCGGUGCCGGUCUCGCAGCCUUAUGGAUCUGGGGAUCAGGACGCAGCAGCCAUGACGCCCAUGGCCCAUCUUGGGGUGUUUAUGGUGGAAUGUUUGCUGCUACGGCCGGCGUCAUGACAUCUGUCGCAUUGUCGCUUUUCACCGAGGGUUUAGGCUUGACACAUCACCGAAGCAUGGGUAUUGGAUUUGCCGUUGCUGGAAUGGGACUUAUGGGUGUCAGCUUUGCCUUGACAGCUUGA